UUAGCUACCCGUCUUGAUCUAAUUGGUAACCUAUUUGCCUUUACUAUUGAAAUCAUGGUUGUUACAUCUCGUUUUCGUAUUAACCACGCUAACAGCGGUCUUAUACUAAGUUAUAUCUUACCCAUUGUCCCGAUGCUUCAGUUUGCUAUACGUUUGCUAGCUGAAGUUGAGAAUAGUUUGAAUGCUGUUGAGUAUCUGUAUUAUUACAGUAACAAGCUGGAAGAAGAGGCGCCACUGCAGACUAUUGACGUCCGUAAGUCUUAG